AUGAUGGUUUCCUUUUUCGAAGCAUCCCGCCACUACUCAAAACAUGGCGACUUGGAGUCUGUCCAAGGCAUGUUGCAAAUCUGGAGGAACGAGACCGAGUCUGAUCCCGACGCCGACAUGGGAAUGUCUAAUCUGCGGGGCGCCAUGGCCGACGUCCUUUGCCAGGCUGUCUGUCAUGGAGAUGAGGCGGCCGUGCGGAUGAUGCUUGACGCCGGUGUUGACCCGACUCUUCAUCAAGCUUGUGAUCCAGGCUAUUCCCCUCUCCAAGUUGCCGCCGAGUAUGGCCAGCGAGACAUCGCUCGCUUCCUCUGGAACGUGGUUGGUCCUCAAUGCCGAUUCCACCACCCUAGCCGAAGACAACCGUCCGAAGCCAUGCCAAGCUGCCUCGUCGUCGCUGCCUACAACGGACAUGCGGAUCUAGUCGCCGACUUCCUCGAUCUCUACGACGGCUGGUCCACCCUUGAGAAGCAUCUAGCCCUCUUUCGAGCGGCCGCCCUGUGGCACGACGACGUGGUUGCCUUGUUGUUAGCCAAGUUCCACUACAAGGCUGAUGUCAUUCAAUGUGCCCUGGAGAGCGCAGUCGCCAUCACCGGCCGCGACCACACAAAUGGGAUACCCGUGCAAAGACGUAACGGAGAACCUCUCAACGAGGACGGCCAGAUCCGCGUUGUCCGUCGACUCCUUGAUGCCGGUGCAGACCCGAACCGGGCCUCCAAGGAUUGUAAAGGCUUGCCCAUCCACGAAUCCUUCACCCGGAUUGAGCUUUUGAAAUCAUUACUCGAAAAGGGUGCAGAUCCCAACGCAAAGGACGAUCAUGGUCAAACGGUUCUUCACAAAGUCGCCGCAAACUUCAACAAAAACUUUCGAGGUGGGCAGAACCGAGCGUCCGUUCACCAAGAGGACAACCUAAAGGUCCUCCAGACCCUUCUGCAACAUGGCGCAUCCCCCGAGACUCCUGACAAUGAAGGAGUUACAUCUCUUCACCUUCUUGCCGGUACUGGUACGCCCGACACGCUUCGAUUAUGCCUCGAACACUGCGUCAAUGCUUCUAACGUUAUCUGCCUGCUCAACCAGUUCGAGGAGUCACUGUUACACUACGCUGCCGCCGCCGGAAACCGAGACACCGUGGAGUAUCUACUCGAUCAAGGUCUGGAUGUCGAUCAAGCUACCACCAAUAAGUGGACGCCCUUGCUCUGCGUCCUGACGCCAGCCAAAUGCUACUACAAAGGACAGACCGCUGCCCGGAUUUCCGUGGCCCGUCUCUUGCUCGAACGUGGUGCCAGCGCCCAGGUGGUGACGGACGAAGGGUGGACUCCGCUACAUGCUCUUGCUACCGUCCAGGAGGUGGACGCUGCUGAAGAAGAAAGGAUAGGGCUAGGAGCAUUUGCAGAAGAGUUGAUUGAAAGGGGCACGCCCGUCGACGCAGAAGCAAGUGUGCUUCGAUACUGCUCGCCCAUCUUCACAUCGUUUCUGUACGGUGCCUGGGGUCGUUGGAUGGCUGAGGUUAUUCCCCAACUGGCCAGUCGUGCAGAGGAUCGUCGUAUGCAUGCGUACGAUGACUAUGAACUGACGCCGCUUCAAUGGGCUGGCCGUACCGGCGCGACUGAUAUCUUUGAUGUGCUCAUGAGGCACUUUGCGUCGAAAGAAUAA